AUGUGGCCGAGUUCAGCAGACAGUGAAGUGAUUUUUACAUAUUUUCUUCCCUUUGUAUGUGAUGGCUGUUCAGGUGUCUUUUGCCUUCAGCACAGGAGCCGGGAUGCUCAUGGGUGUUCUGAGGUGAAUAUAAGAAACAAUUCUGUGAAACCAGAUCAGCACAGAUUUUACCCAUGCUCAUACAAGGACUGCAACGGAAAAGAGCUUUUGCCAGUUUUAUGUCCCUACUGUGAAAAACAUUUUUGUCUAAGACACCGGCAUCAAUCAGACCAUGAAUGUGAGAAACUGGACACACCAAAACCUCGAAUGGCUGCCACCCAGCAGCUGGUUAAAGAUAUUAUAGAUUCUAAAAAGAAUGAGGAAGCAAAAAGCAAAAAACGUAAAGGAGCGAGAAACAGUGAGACAGCAGCAAAAGUGGCAUUAAUGAAACUGAAAAUGCACGCAUGUGGGGACAAGUCCUUGCCUCAGACAGAAAGAAUUUACUUUCAAGUAUUUCUACCAAAGGGGACCAAAGAGAAAAGCAAGCCCAUGUUCUUUUGUAGUAAGUGGAGUAUUGGCAAAGUAGUAGAUUUUGCAGCUUCCUUAGCAAGCCUUAAAAAUGACAACAACAAAUCAACAUCCCAGAAAUUGAGAUUAUGCCAUACUGCCUCUGGAGAAGCCUUGCCAUUUGAUCACACAUUGGAAACGUGGCUAUCUGAUAAAGACUGUCCAUUGUACAAUGGUGGAAAUAUAAUUUUGGAGUAUCUUGAUAAUGAUGUUCUAUUUAUAGAAGAUACAGACUCAUACUUUAGUUAACCAGUAAAUUAUGACAAAAAAAUCAAAGAUUUU